UCGCGGUCGCGGUUACACUUGCUCUUAUCCAAUGGGAAAAAUCCCUGUACCCGUAACUAGGCAGACGGUUGCUCCGGUAGCCAAUCGGAUUGGUCGUUUAGAUGAGCGGGUGCAGGGAGCUGAGACUGACCGAGUGACAGCGUCUGAGUCCCGGGGAGGAGGAUCGUAGAGGCUACGUGGGAAAAGUCAGCACCGGAGACAGGAUGCCGAACAAACCUAAGAAGGAGAAGGAUUCCAGCAAAUCUUCCAAAAGCAGCACAAAGAACAACAGCAGCAGCGGGAAGGAUGCUGCCUCAGAGAACCUAGAGGAGUCACAGCAACAGAGCGGCAGCAAGCGUCCCAGUAACAGCACACCUCCACCCACCCAGCUCAACAAGAUCAAAUACUCUGGAGGUCCUCAGCUGGUGAAGAAAGAGCGCCGCCAGAGUUCAUCACGCUUCAGCUUGACCAGGAACAGAGAGCUGCAGAAACUCCCUGCCCUCAAAGAUGCACCAGCCCUGGAGCGUGAAGAGCUGUUUGUGCAGAAAUUGCGUCAGUGCUGCGUUCUGUUCGACUUUAUCACCGACCCGCUCAGCGACCUCAAAUACAAGGAGGUGAAGAGGGCGGGGCUUAAUGAAAUGGUGGAGUACAUAACGCACAACAGCGAGGUGGUGACCGAGUCCAUCUAUCCCGAGGCCGUCGUCAUGUUUUCUAUAAACAUCUUCCGGACUCUUCCUCCAUCCUCGAACCCAACCGGAGCAGAGUUCGACCCAGAAGAAGAUGAGCCUACGCUGGAGGCAGCCUGGCCUCACCUGCAGCUGGUGUAUGAGUUCUUCCUUCGCUUCCUUGAGUCUCCGGACUUCCAGCCAAAUAUUGCCAAGAAAUACAUUGACCUGAAGUUUGUGCUGUUGCUGCUGGAGCUGUUUGACAGUGAGGAUCCCAGAGAGAGGGACUUCCUGAAGACCAUCCUCCACCGGAUCUACGGCAAGUUCCUCGGCCUGCGUGCCUAUAUCCGUCGGCAGAUCAACAACAUCUUCUACAGGUUUAUAUAUGAAACAGAGCAUCACAACGGCAUCGCUGAGCUGCUGGAGAUCCUGGGCAGCAUCAUCAACGGCUUCGCUCUGCCUCUGAAAGAAGAACACAAGAUGUUUUUAAUCCGAGUUCUGCUGCCGCUUCAUAAAGUCAAGUCUCUGAGCGUGUACCACCCUCAGCUGGCCUACUGUGUGGUUCAGUUUCUGGAGAAAGACAGCAGCCUAACGGAGCCGGUGAUCAUGGGUCUGCUGAAGUUCUGGCCCAAGACCCACAGUCCAAAGGAGGUGAUGUUCCUAAACGAGCUGGAGGAGAUUCUGGACGUCAUCGAGCCAUCUGAGUUUGUGAAGGUGCAGGAGCCGCUCUUUAGACAGCUGGCCAAGUGUGUGUCCAGCCCGCACUUCCAGGUGGCUGAGAGAGCUCUGUACUACUGGAACAACGAGUAUAUCAUGAGUCUGAUCAGCGACAACGCCGCCAAGAUCCUCCCCAUCAUGUUCCCCGCCCUCUACAGGAACUCCAAGAGCCACUGGAACAAGACCAUCCAUGGCCUGAUCUACAACGCUCUGAAGCUCUUCAUGGAGAUGAACCAGAAGCUUUUUGAUGACUGCACGCAACAGUACAAGGCUGAGAAACAGAAAGAGAAAUACAAGCUGAAGGAACGAGAGGAGGUCUGGCUGAAGAUCGAGGAGCUGGCCCGACAGAACCCACAGAGUAAUAAGCUCCACCCCCUCCGACCUGGACUCCACCCACAGGAAGAGUUCCUGAUGUACAGCGACGGCGGUCUGGCCGUGUACUCCAUGGAGAUGGAGACUCCAACAACAGAGGACAUCCAGCUGCUGAAGAAGACCGUGGAGACAGAAGCCUCGCAGGGUCUGAAGGAUCUGAAGAAGGACAAGGUCUUAAUGAGGAGGAAGUCUGAGCUGCCGCAAGACGUCUACACCAUCAAAGCUUUGGAGGCUCAUAAGAGGGCCGAGGAGUACCUGACAGCCAACCACGAGGCUCUCUGACCAGGGGAAGGCAGUUCCUAUCUGAGCCUUGCUCCACCUGUCUCAGCAGGAAGGAAGGUAUCACUGCGGUGGAGAGUCAAACAGGGGUGAAGCUGAUGCUGCGUUCAACAGCAAAAAUACUCAGCUCCGCCCCCUGGUGGCCCAUAACAAGUAGGACACUGUAGAAGCUCUGCCUGUUUGUCCACGUGUCUCAACGCUCCACUGUGAUUGGACAUCAGCCUCAUGCCACACCCACCCCCAACAACGUCUCUCCCUGAUGGUGCUGCAUCUGGACACCGGUUUACAAGUCAGUGUUAAGCACCUGAAUGCAUCAUCGGCUGCAGUUUUCCACAGCAGGAGCCUAAAGAUCCAUCCUAUGCCACCUCAUGAGCUGCACUGGCUCCUCCCCCUUUACAACCUGCACUGACUCCGCCUCUUGCUGACCUGCAACAUCUGGUCUCGGUCAGUUUCAGACCUGCUGUUCCUGCAGCAGAACGGGCUGAAUGUUAGCUGAGUCCUAUAUCUUCAUCCCUCUGGAAGGUUUCAGGUUAACUGAUCUGAUCAGAACCAGAACAGUAAAUACACGUGAUCUAAACAGAGAGACCAUCAUAAGGACGACUGUUUAAACCACUUGUUGAACCUGAAAUUUAAUUCUAGUUAUUGAAAGCAAACGUUUUUUCAAGUUGUGUUCAUGUUUUGGGAAGUAUUAAUCUUCUGUUCCGUCGCCCUGAAAACAUUCCACGGAUUUGCCUUCAAGAGGGCAUUGAGGGUGGGAGGUCUGCACCAGAUCUGUGGAACGUUUAGGCUCUUGCUGUGGAAAACUGAUGCGUUCUGCUGCACCUGAACGCAGCACAGACAAGUGUCCCCAGCAUCUUUAACUUCACUCAACCAAUCAGCUGCCAGUUUGAUCUGCAGAGUCGCAGCUUCUGAUGAACUGAUGGCAAGGAGACAUAGUGAAUGUAGACGUCCAAUCAGAGAAGGUCAGGAUGAGGAGGCCUGGUUUGUCAUUGCUAUGACAGGAAGUCCUAUUUCCGUUUAAGGUCAUGAACUCUGUCUCUCCAUAACUGUUCGUUUUCAGACUUCUGAUGAUCCACAACAUCUUUCAGGAUUUACUUUUGGAUAACGAUGAAUCAGUUUAAACAUAAAGAUUUUAAACCCAAACAUGAGGAUCAGCAUCCCAGUUUUCCUACAGAAACAUUUAAAGGUUUCUAAGCUGUUACAUCUCAUCUGGCGACCUUCUGGUUCUGCUGAGCAAAUGUCCAGUCACCGAAGUGAUUUUCCCUUAGCAGCAUUAAAGUGCCCAUUUAUAGAUGGAAACAGAAGGGACGCACCAGAAAGGAUCUGGAAUGUCUGAAUGUGCCGAAGUUCCUACAGAUGGCGCUGUUUCACAGAAACAAACUCAGACAUGUUGCUGGUGUUGGGGUUUACUAGUCGUCCAAAUUAACGAGACCAAGUCUUAAAUAUUUUUCUUUUUUCUCUCUUAGGUGGGGGGAGCUUAGUCAGGUGACCACGCCCCCAAGAGAAAGCCACGCCCACAACUUGUUUUUUUGUUGGUUUUUUUUUCACUGCUGCAGCUACUGAGCAGGGAUGUCCUUUAGUGAUUAUUCCAUUGGCUGUGUCGAGCUCCGCCUCCACCAUCCACUUACCGUUGGACAGAACAACCCCAGAUGUUCUGGGUCUGGUAACCAUCCCGGUCCGAGCGGUCGCUCCGUGCACUUGUGUCGUGACGCUACAACAUGACACUGCUUCCUGUCAUCUUACAGAUGUUUAAUUUGAGCAUCACAUGGUCAGAGCUGAUUUUGAACAGAUGUUCAUGUAUGUACAGAAGAAAUAAAGCAAGUCUCGCCCACA